AAGUCAGCAUGACAAAUGGAAAAACCGUAGACACAGAAAAAAAGUCAUUCUUUUAUGGUGAAAACAUGAAAAAUUGUUAAAAAUAACACAUUUCUCCUUUCAUAAUGCCACUCACCCCUCUCCAAACUAGCACCAACUAUAUAAUACUUAUCAGUAUGUUCAUCUUCGACUAUUUAGUGGGAAAUGGACUGAUCGAUAUUGUAUUGAAGAUGAUCUGUGACAUUUUAUGUUUCACAAGGAAGGUGAUUGGAGAAGAGGCUAAGAGAGCAGUUCAUGUUAGGAGUGAGAAUCCUAUAAGCUUUCCAGUUUUGGUCAUUGAAAUCCUUGUUUUGACUGUUACAAUAGUGAUACUGAACAAAUAUAAGCACAUUCGUGGAGCAGAUCGAUUGGAUGAGCUGUUCGACGAAAGUAAGGACGCAUUGAGGCAGACGAACGAGUUCCUGGAGAAGUGGAGAAUGAGACGUGUGUCCAAGGAGUUUUCUUAUCUGGACGAAGAGCCGCAAGAGAUCAAGCCCCUCAAAGUGGAAGUACCCAUUCUCCACAUGGCCAUCGUUGAUACUUUGGGAACAGCUCGAAGUUUAGAGCGAGGCGACGCCGGCGAUUCAGCUAAUGUCACCGACUCGGCGAUCCUCUCCGUUACGUCCUUCGAUGAUGACUUCGAAUCAUUACCUGAUCCCACCAGUUUUGACGAUAUCAAAGCUGAGGACUUCAACAAUCGUUACCUUUGGAACGUCAUGGAAGAAGACUACAAUUGUGACAACAAUAUGUGAUUGUAAUUUUGAUAGUGGAUUUUGUAGUCCUCGUCUUGUUAAAUAAAUUUAUCGUUGGCAAUUAA